CAGCUCCCCGAGGCUGCGCGGUGAAGGCACGGGGCGGUGCUCCAGGCAGGCCCGGAAUCUGGGAGGUGUCGCCGCCUCUCUUCUGCAGCUGCCCUGGCUCCUCCUUCGCUACGGCCCAGCAUGGGGUCCGCGCCGCGAACCCUGGAGUUCUUCUACGAUGUGCUGUCCCCGUACUCCUGGCUGAGCUUCGAGAUCCUGUGCCGAUACAAGAACAUCUGGAACGUCCACCUGCAGCUGCGCCCGAGCCUCAUUGCAGGGAUCAUGAAAGAUAGUGGAAACAAGCCACCAGCGCUGCUUCCCCGAAAAGCCAAAUACUUGACAAAUGACAUAAGGCUCCUGGGACAGCAAGUCCAGGUUCCCAUCAACUUCCCCAAGGAUUUCUUCUCUGUGAUCCUUGAAAAAGGAAGUUUGUCGGCCAUGCGCUUCCUCACAGCCAUGAAGUCGGAGCACCCGGAGAUGCUGGAGAAAGCGUCCAGGGAACUGUGGAUGCGUGUCUGGUCUCGGGAUGAAGACAUCACAGAGCCCCAAAGCAUCCUGGCAGCUGCAGAGAAGGCUGGCAUGUCUAUAGAACAAGCCCGGAGAAUUCUGGAAAAGACCUCAACACCACAGGUGAAGAACCAGCUCAAGGAGACCACCGAGGCAGCCUGCAAAUACGGGGCCUUUGGGCUGCCCAUCACCGUGGCCCACGUGGAUGGCCAAACCCACAUGCUGUUUGGCUCUGACCGGAUGGAGCUGCUGGCGUACCUGCUGGGAGAGAAGUGGAUGGGCCCUGUGCCUCCAGUUGUGGAAUCCAGGCUUUGAGGACGCCCAGAGGAAGCAAAGCCAUUGGGGUGAACCAGCAGACCAUCUGCUGACCAUGGGGCACUGGAGCUCUGGCCUCCCCAGCCCCGGGGAUGCCGGGCAGGGGCUGUGUGGUGCGUCCUCUAUGUUAUUCUCCUGGCUGCUCUUCCUUCUGUGCCUCUAAGUGCCUUUUCAGAAGCCCCAAACUGCUUUCGCACAAAAUAAACCUAAUGCCAUUAGGCAUAUUCUG